UCUCUCUCUUUCUCGCUCUCUCUCUUUUCUCAUCUCUUCCUCUCUCUCCCCACUCAGUUUUUUUUCUCUGUCUCGGUCCAUCUCACUCAGAUCGGCUUGGAGGGAGUGGGGUUUGUGGGGGUCGGCGCGUGGGGUCGGAGGCCGUGGGUUUGAGAUUUGAGAAUAUUUUCCGGUAUAGAUUGAUUAAAAUAUAUACACGACUCUGAAUCAAAAAUAAUGGCAAGGUCAUUAUCAAGCAUGCUGCUGAAGGGCAUUGCGGGUCUCCCUGCCACCCGUCCUAGUAGAAUUGUAUUUGGAUCCUUUUCCCAUAAUGGGAUGAGAUUUUCAACUACUGCGCCCAAUGAUCCUGACACGCAUGAAGAUUUUAAACCCACUAACAAGCUUGAGAGUUCUGACCUUUCCUUGAAUGAUGUUGUUGAGCAGGAUGUCAAGGAAAAUCCCGUUAUGAUUUACAUGAAAGGCGUGCCUGAGUUUCCUCAGUGUGGAUUCAGCUCACUUGCAGUUAGAGUGUUAAAACAAUAUAAUGUUCCUUUGGCGUCUAGAAAUAUUUUGGAGGAUCCUGAGCUUAAAGGUGCUGUAAAAACCUUCAGCCACUGGCCCACAUUUCCACAGAUAUUCAUCAAGGGAGAGUUCAUUGGAGGGUCGGAUAUUAUUCUCAACUUACACCAGUCUGGUGAACUGAAGGAAAAGCUGAAAGACGUUACUGCUAGUCAGGAGAAGUCUGAAUAACAACUCAAUGAAUCUAGAGAGAGUUAAAAGGGUUACUGGGACUUCUUUGACAAUAGUGUGUUAUUGCUAUGAGGUGACAAGAUGAGGUUCUAUGUGGUUUUCUGCGGGAUUACAUGAUAAGCCAUGAUUGCUUGUUAUUAUUUAUAAAACAAUAAAUGUAGCGUUUUGCUGUGCUUUCAUCUGCUACUGCUAUAUAUCCUUGCAAUUGUUGUAUAGUAACCUUAUUUCUUUAGCUCGGAUAAUUUUGGUUCGCAAAUCAUAAGCAGAAGAUUGAGUUUGAAA